CUGCGUAUCCCCGACGGCCGCCGGGAGGGGGCCUGUGGAGUGACUGAACCCUGCUGCGCAGUCCGACUCAGACUGGCGCGCUAGCGGGUGUCGCUGGGCUUGCAGCGCAGAGCAAAAAGCGGAGCUUACAGUGUGUCUCCUGGGACUCGUGUUCUGAGGAACCGCUCCGGAAAACGCAGCGCUGGUCCAAGCCCGUCAUUUGACAGGGAGCUCCAGGACCAGCAGGAUGGGAUCAGCCUGUAUCAAAGUCACCAAAUACUUUCUCUUCCUCUUCAACUUACUCUUCUUUAUCCUGGGUGCAGUGAUCCUGGGCUUCGGGGUGUGGAUCCUGGUUGACAAGAGCAGUUUCAUCUCUGUCCUACAGACUUCCGACAGCUCACUCAAGGUGGGGGCCUACGUCUUCAUCAGCGUGGGGGCCGUCACCAUGCUCAUGUGCUUCCUGGGCUGUAUCGGUGCCGUCAAAGAGGUCCGCUGCCUGCUGGGGCUGUACUUUGCCCUCCUCCUCCUGAUCCUCAUUGCCCAGGUGGUUGCUGGGACCCUCUUCUACUUCAAAAUGGGCAAGGUGAAGCAGGAGAUGGGCAACGCCGUGAUCAGCCUCAUCCGGGACUACAACAGCAGCCGGGUGGAUAGCCUGCAGGACACGUGGGACUACAUACAGGCACAGGUGGGGUGCUGCGGUUGGGUCAACUUCUACAACUGGACAGAGAACGCUGAGCUUAUGGAUCGCACCAACAUCACCUACCCCUGUUCCUGUGAGGACAAGGGGCAAGAGAAAGACAGACCUGAGAAGGGCUUCUGCGAGGCGCCCAGCAAUGCCACCCUGACUGGCAACAACCCUGAGUACUGGCCCGUGUACAAGGAGGGCUGCAUGAAGAGAGUGCAGGAAUGGCUGCAGGAGAACCUGGGCAUCAUCCUGGGCGUGUGUGUGGGCGUAGCUGUCAUUGAGGUCCUGGGCAUGCUUCUGUCAAUCUGCUUGUGCCGGCACAUCCAUUCCGAAGACUACAGCAAGGUCCCCAAGUACUGAGGCACUGCUGUCCCAACCUCCCUGCCGAUUCCUCCACCUCAGGGCUCCUAGGAGUCCCCCUGGCUCCCCCUCCAGGCCUGCCUCCCACCUUGCUGCCAAGUCCCUUGCCCUUCCUGUGCUGGCCGGAGGUAGGGGGCUUUCUGAGGCGUGGACACUUCUCCCUGCUGUUGUCCCACCAGCUGGGCCCUGGCCUUCUGUGGUCUCUCCACCACUGCUCCCAGGGUUCUCUUAGCAGUGACCCUGCCCAUCAGGGUGGGCCAGCUUUCCCCACCCUCAAGGCGAUGUAUAUUGUAUAAGGGAAAGCAUAUUAAACAAUUGGGGGGAGGGGUUACAUACAGCAACACCCUGGGCUGUCAGGGGACUGCCCACUACUGGGUGGGGGGGACUUUUUUUCCACUGUGAGGCUAUGUCUUUGGUUUUUACGUUUUUACAUUUUUAUUAAGGGCAGUGGGAGAGGGCAGGCGUACCUGACAUUUAAGGGGCAGUAUCCCUUCCCCUGGCCUGCCCUGCCCCAGCCCUUAUCCAGGCAGCUCAGAUCAGCUGGUGCCAGGCAGGACCCAGAUGGACUGGGUCUAAAAGGGGUCUGUGGACUCACCCUGGACUGCUUAGGGGGCUAGAGAGGUAAGCCCUCAGGGCCUGGCCCAGAGCUGCCCCUGCAUCCCCUGAGAUCCUGAGCCAUCCAGGGGGUGGGGUUGCGGUGGGGGAGACGCUCUCUCCUGGGAGAAGCUGGCCUAGACUUUAAGAGGCAGUUCUCUGUCCCCCGGGAGUGGAGUGGGUGAGGCUGUGCCUUGUCAGGGAAGCGGGGUGGGGUUCUGCAUACGCAGUUCUGUAAAACAUUCUGUGAAGACUAUUAAAAAGAGGAUUUGUAACAACCCA